AGAGAGAAACAAGAGAGAGAGUCGCCGCCUAUUAAUACACGCGCUCCGCCAUCUUCUCUCCUCUCCCCUCUCACUCCUCCCAAAUCCCCUCCAUUGCCUUCCUCGCUUCGCAUCGCCGCUCCCGCCGCCGCCGUCGGGCUGCUCGCCGGCAUUGGGUGUUGGUUGUGACCGUAUACAAUUAUUGUUUUUGGAGCUGAGCGAUCAGAUGCAUGAGCCUUCCUUUUAAAUGAUCUGUGUCCACCAUGGCGAUGAACCAGUAGGAACCUGAGCAAAUGCAGGAACUUCCCGCUUAAUGGGCUGGAUGCGUUGUAUGCACGUUUGCAGUGACAAGAAGACAUUGAAACGUUGGUUUUUUAUUGACAAGAGGGUUGGUUGAGUGUCUAACUCUUAAGGAAUCCUAUAGUCUACUUGCUUGCUCUUGUGUUGUUAGUAACUGUUCUUACAACAACUCUGCGGAGAGUUCUGUUGAUGGAUUUGAAGACAAGCAACUCUCCUGUUAUUGCUGAUCCUCUCCCUAAAUUAGCCUUGCCAUCUGCUGUGAUGACGUACACUACACCUACGAGUUUCCCCUCUACCGGGCUGUACUUGAACACUCCGAAAAAGAAGCCUCUGCCUGGAAAGAUCGAAGAAGUCCGCGCCGCUGGAUGGCUUGAUCUCAUGCUGGCCUCCUCGCCACCUCGCAAGAGGCAGACUAAGGACUUUGCCAAUGAUGUUCAAGCUGACGAGCUUGAUUUGCUAUACCGUAAUUGGGUGGUGAACCAUCCAUCUGCUUUAACAUCAUUUGAGGAUAUUGUUAAUCUUGCCAGAGGUAAAAGAUUGGCACUGUUCCUUGAUUAUGAUGGAACUCUUUCACCGAUUGUGGACAAUCCUGAAAAUGCAGUAAUGUCUGACGAGAUGCGCUCUGCUGUGAAGCAUGUGGCAUCACUUUUUCCCACUGCGAUCAUUAGUGGAAGAUCUCGUGAUAAGGUUUUUGACUUUGUGAAACUAACUGAACUGUAUUACGCUGGAAGUCAUGGAAUGGAUAUCAUGGGGCCUGUUAGGAAGUCUGAUUCGAGUGGUCAGCAUGUGGAAUGUAUCAGGUCCACUGAUUCAGAGGGUAAAGAGGUCAACCUCUUCCAACCUGCAAGUGAGUUUUUACCUAUGAUUAGCGAGGUGUACAAAAAGCUCAGUGAAAGUAUUAAGGACAUUGAUGGUGCAAGGAUGGAAGAUAACAAAUUCUGUGUGUCCGUUCAUUACCGCAAUGUAGCACCACAUGACUACGGAGAAGUUCAUCAACGUGUGACUGCCGUCCUGAAGAAUUACCCUUGUCUAAGGCUUACCCAUGGGAGAAAGGUUCUUGAGGUUCGACCUGUGAUAGACUGGAACAAGGGGAAAGCUGUGGAAUUUUUGCUGGAGUCACUUGGACUAUGUGGGAAAGAAGAUGUUCUUCCUAUCUAUGUUGGAGAUGACAAGACUGAUGAGGAUGCAUUCAAGGUUCUGAAGGCAAACAGCAUUGGCUUUGGAAUUUUGGUGUCAUCUGUGCCCAAGGAUACUGAUGCUUUCUAUUCCGUACGGGACCCAGCUGAGGUGAUGGAAUUCCUGAAGAAACUGGCAUCUUGGAAGGAGGAAUCCACUUAAGCAGAAGGGAGGAACAUAACAGAAUCGUUUUUUGAGGAUAUGGAGAAGUACCAACUAUAAAUACGAGCAAAAUAUACACUGCUAACAAAUAAGUCUGGCCAAAAUGUUUUUGAUUUGGCAUCCUAUUAUAUAAGAGGCUCCCUAAACCACCCUUUUUUGGUCUCACUUUCAUCUUAUGUUUCUGGGAUUCUGAGACAUUUCAUUCUUUUAUUAGUUCUGUUCCUUUAGUAUAUAUAAAAUAUAUACACAUGUAUGCUGAAAAAUUUUGGUUCCUGUCCCUGUCGUCUUAGGCAAUUAUUUAUUCUACCGGCAAGUUGUAAACAACUGGUUGUUCAUUUGUUCUUUAGUGUGCUGCAACGUUUUGUAGCUGUUAUUCCAGUGUGCCCUUCUAAAAGUCAACUUGUGUGCAUUGGCCCUGCAAACUACUGUAAUUAGAACGAUAAUUGAUGCAACCAAUUGUAUAUUUGCCUGAGGCUGUGGAA